AUGUCUACCAGCGAGCGUUCCAUGAAGUCCGCCAGCCGGAUAGGUCUAGUCAACAAGCCUAUCAAGCUUACCGAGAGCAAGAGCCCGGCGCCUCAUGAGACGAUUCGUUGCAAUGUCUGCGGCGAUAUGUUUGCCAGCUUCGACAAACUGAUGGCACACAAGCGAAUGGCGAUGAAAGUCGAGGGAACCCACAUCCACUGUCCCAUUUGCACGCUGGACUUUAACACAAUGGAUGCCAAGGAAAAGCAUGUUCUGGAGGUACAUCCGCAAGAGCAGACUCUGACCUGCCCGGGCUGCAAGAAGACCUUCGUCCGGCUUGCCGCUUGGAUGAAACACCUAGAGCACGAUGAGUGCAGCGCGAUUAGCCGACAAGACGUCGACAGAAAUCGCGCCCAGAAACUCACAUUCUCCCACGAGCUUGAGAAGCGCAGUGGCUCACAAUUCGGUGACUACUUCCCCACAUCACACCCGAGCGUUCAGUCUGCCUUUGACAAGCCGUACAUGGCCCAUCCGUCCUACUUUAAGCCAGACGAUUUUCCUGUACUGAAGGGAGAAGAGGAUGCCGACAAGAACGUCCAAAAGGACGCCAAACUUACAACGAACAAGCCAGCGCUGACGGAUGACAUCAACAACCCAUCUCACCUGAGCUUCGAUCCUCGGAAGUACUACAACCCAAUCACUCGCAAGUUCAAGUGUCCUCAGGCAUCCUGCAGAAAGAGCUUCGACACAAGCGGCGCUCUCAUCACUCACAUGAAGGCAGCCACGUCCCACUACAACGCAAAGCUGCAGUGCCCCGGAUGUCUCCGUUACUUCAGGGACGCGUCGUCUCUGACCGCGCACUCCGAGUCGGAGACUAACCGUUGCUCCAUUCGACAUUCUGAGAACUACCGUAAUUACAUUGACCAGCUGACCGGGGGAAUGGCGGACGUGAAUGACAACGUGGAAGAUAAGCAUCGGGACGGCACCGUGAAGUACGAGGUUAGCACGGAGGCCAUCAUCAAGUUCGGCCCCCAAGAGGCCAAGAAGGCCACGGAGAACUUUAUUGCGAAGCAGCAAGCCGAUCAACAGGAGUACUGGGCUCGCAACAACCCUGUUUGGUAA